ACGCAUUCCGCUGAACCACACAGGAAGAAACGGCGCGAGAGCUUUCUCGAGCGCUCAGCUGAGAGAGAGCUCGAGCGAGUUAAGCUGAUAGAGUUAGUCCGUCACCGUCAGAAGGAAACGAACCAGGGGGAUCUAAACAUCCUCGAAAUGACUACAAAAACCUUCCCUGGUCGAAGCGGAUAUUCGUAACUCAACCCUGAACACAGUUCGGUACCCGUGAAUGGCUUAGUAGGCGAGUUAUGCGCACUUGAAAAUGAGGGAGCUUGUGUUUUUUUCUCCCUCGUCGUCCAGCGAGAGGACAAGAUGGCAGCGCGAGCGCGUCGAGCAUGCAGCGGGUGCGAAUUAAGCCCGAACAUGUUCACUAAAGACCCGCAGUUUCACCACAGCUGCUGUCUGUGAAGGUAUGGCCUCACAGGUUACGGUCUGCCCACCACAUGUUUAUCAACCCCAGACAAGUGCCUUUUGCAGAGCGAAGAAAAUUGAUCCCAGCAGCUGUGUUUACCAUGAAAAGAUCCCUCGCACUUACGUGGUUGGUGUGAAUCUAGGCAUCGCACACCCUACGGAUAUUAUUCCUUUGUCGAGAAUUGAAGAGCUGACCGUUGGGAAACCCUGUGUUUCAAGGGACUUCUCAAUAAAGACUGAACCCUCUUCAGCUCCCCUUAAAAGGACUUCCUCGCCAUACAAAGGUGUGGCAUUAGAGGUUGACCUUGAGUAUUUUUCCAGUGAGCCCGCAACAGUUAAAGAAGAAAGUGGAGACAGUGGCCAAAACAGCCAUAGUAGUAGUAGAAGUAGCGCUCUGGGAGGAGCGAGCGACGGCGAGGAAAGGAAAGGCGGUUUGAAUUCGGUCGACGGAACCCAAAAAUGUGGGUUUCAAUGCGAAGGUGAGGAGCUUAGGAACGGCAAGAGCAUCAUGCAGAUAGUAGAGGAGCAUUCGACUCUACCUGCUAUGUUGCAAACAAACAUCGGGAGCACGACCGCAGUGGGCGUGGCUCCGCCCGAGCAGAAUGGAACGCGGACGGGAGCCGUAAGCGGGACGGCCGACGGUGACUAUCAGUUGGUGCAACACGAGGUGCUGUGUUCGAUGAAGCACACUUACGAAGUGUUGGAAUUCUUGGGCCGCGGUACGUUUGGUCAGGUGGUCAAAUGUUGGAAAAGGGGCACGAAUGAGAUCGUGGCGGUGAAAAUACUCAAGAACCACCCGUCGUAUGCACGCCAGGGCCAGAUCGAGGUCAGCAUCUUGGCCCGACUGAGUGGCGAGAACGCUGAGGAGCAUAACCUGGUGCGGGCCUUCGAGUGCUUUCAGCACAGGAACCACACCUGUCUGGUUUUCGAAAUGCUGGAGCAGAACCUGUAUGACUUCCUCAAGCAGAACAAGUUCAGUCCGUUGCCGCUGAAGGUGAUUAGGCCCGUGUUGCAACAGGUGGCCAUGGCACUGAAGAAGCUCAAAAGCUUGGGCCUGAUCCAUGCAGAUCUUAAACCGGAGAACAUUAUGCUGGUAGAUCCUGCAAGACAACCCUUUCGUGUGAAAGUGAUUGACUUUGGCUCUGCCAGCCACGUCUCCAAAGCUGUGUGUUCGACGUACUUGCAGUCCCGCUAUUACAGGGCACCAGAGAUCAUCCUGGGCUUACCCUUCUGUGAAGCCAUAGACAUGUGGUCGCUGGGCUGCGUCAUUGCUGAGCUGUUCCUGGGCUGGCCGCUCUAUCCAGGAGCAUUGGAGUAUGACCAGAUUCGUUACAUCUCACAAACCCAAGGGUUGCCAGGAGAGCAACUUUUAAACGUGGGAACAAAGACGGCCCGCUUCUUCUGCAAAGAGUCUGAUUCGCCAUACGCCGCCUGGAGACUAAAGACGACAGAAGAGCAUGAAACAGAAACGGGGCUGAAGUCCAAGGAAGCGAGGAAGUAUAUUUUCAGCUGCCUGGAUGACAUUGGACAUGUAAAUCUAAUGCUGAACAUGGAGGGAUGUGACCAGAUGGCGGACAAAGCAGACAGGAGAGAAUUCGUAGACCUGCUGAAGAUGAUGUUGAUGAUUGACGCUGAUAAGAGAAUCGCCCCUUCAGAUGCACUUUCUCACCCUUUUGUCACUAUGCAGCACCUCAUGGACUUUCCACAUUGUAACCAUGUCCAGUCUUGUUUUCACAUCGUGGAUGCGUGUCACUCAAGAACCAGCUUAUAUGACACUCUCAACCGCAACAAAGUUCCUCCUCUCAUGAAACCUGUGGCAAUUCCAAAUGCUCCAAACAUCACUGUCGCCUUCAACAAAAUGCCAUCUGUCCACUCUCAGGCGCUGCCUCCAUCUGCUCCCCCGGUGGUGCAUCCUGGAAUUCCCAUCCAGACAGGAAGUGCCCAGUUUGGUUGUAACGAGUCUUUUCAGCAGGCACUCAUUCUCUGCCCCCCUACCCUUCAAGGAAUUCCUUCAAACCCAGGUCAGCCUGCAGGCUAUUCAGUUAGAAUGGACAACACAAUUCCUCUGGUGACCCAAGCCCCAGCUAUCCAGCCCUUACCCAUGAGACCAGGAGUUAUAGCACAACAGCCGUGGUCCAACAGAACUCCACAGAUCUUGGUGCCAACUUGGCAACAAGUUCCACCACCUGCUACGAGCUUGGCAUCCGACGUGGUCGUAGGACCGCAGAGGCGAGGAGAUUGGGGGAAAGUGCGACCACACAGUAGCCAUUACGGGUCUGUGAUGCCCCAGCCUAUUGUUCCCAACCAAAUGGCUGUGUCAGCCCAUCAGCCAAUAAACAUUGGCAUCGCGCAUGUUGUCUGGCCUCAGUCUGCUUCUAACAAGAGGAGCAAACCCAGUCAGAACAGAAGUAUGAAAGUGUCGCACUACACGGACACACAGCCCUCAGUGUGUCCAUCACCAAAGACGACGGACAGGCUGACAAACGCCGAACCGCAAAGGCAGAGGAUUUCUCCGGAGAGAGAGGCGCAGUCCCAGGUGAAGCAGGAACCAGAGCCGGCGGAGGACGAGGAAGGGUGUUGUAAGGCAGGAGCAGCCAAUCAGCAGAGACAGUCCAUUAGAGAGUCACCCAGCCCAGCGGUCAGCGUCAUUAGCAUAAGCAGCGGCACGGAUGAGGAGGAACAAGCACAGAGAUGCUCCCUUAAUAAGUGUAAAGGCAGUCCGGAUUGUGAGGCAUGCACAGGCUCUCUUAACAUCGAGCGAGUGUGUUCACUAAGCAGUCCUGACAGUAGUCUGAGCACCAGCUCUUCAGCCUCGGCACAAUCCAGCCCUUCGCCGUGCAAACGACCCAGCAGUAUAUCAGAAGACGAUGGCCAUGAAAGUGGGUGUGAAACGGUAGAUGGAUCCCCACCUUCAGACUCCUCCCUAGGCCCACAUGACAGCCCCUUUCCUGAAAGACGCUUUUUGACGAAUCAGAAUCAAAACCAGAAACCCCAGGCUAGGUGCGGACACCCCGAUACAAGGCAAAAUAAACCUGGCGAGACCGUGGUGGUGCCACCGAUGAGAGUGCUGAAUAAUAAUCACUAUCCCAACAGUGAGCAGCACACAGCUGGCACAGUCUUCGACUCUUAUUGCCAGUCCAGAGGUCGCUGCGGCCCAGGACGACUGAGCCACCUUUCCACACCAACGCAGCCCCGCCAGCAGAAAAUCAACUCUUCAUUCCAACCACAGGCGCCAGGCUUUGGCCAGGUCCAGCAUUACGGCUCUUGCCACAAGGAGUGGAACGGCAACUACCGACAGCCGCGCAGGCCGCAAGCCUACAUUCAUCCCACGGUGCACGGCCCCACCUUCCCUCUUCCCCACGGCAGUCCCACGCACUCUGCCGGCCACCCGCCGCCACUCCUCUCCUAUCCACCUUCCGGACCCGUUGCCCACCUUUUGCCUUCGCCGUGCCCUCCGCCGGCCCCUCGGCCCAUCUUGCAACCCGCCUACAGCCUGGUGCACCACCAGGGCAUCAGCGUGGGCAUCAACCACAGGCUGCUCCCGUCGCCCACCCUUCUCCCGCAGGGCCAGUUCAAAGCCCUCUUUCCCCCGCACUCCUACGUGGCAUCACCCGUCUACGCAGGCUUCCCCCUCAGCCCCAGCAAACUCGGUCAGUACCCGUACAUCUGAUCUGCUGGAGCCCGCGACAGCCUCGCGCACGCAGCCAGCACUAAAACUCUAUGGGGUUUUUCUUAUGAAGUUUCACAAUGAUGAUGCAAUUAAAAUAUUCAAGCUUUAUAGAUAUCAUGAGAAUAAAACAAAAAUGAGAUAAACUCCCUUUUAAUGUGUUUUUGCACAUUUGAUACAAGACAAACCCCAAGUCAUUAGAUCCUCUGGAACGCAGCAAAUCAUCGCCUGUCAUCACUUCCCCAGAUGUUUCGAUAUUGCCUUCAGAUGUGUGCGUAUCAGACACAAUAAGUUUAAGGCAUCGCCGUCUCAGAUGGCAAAGCCACACAUUUGCGUGCGAGACCCCCUCGUGGUCAUCCGUGUUAUCUGUCUGUAUUUUCGUAGUAGCCUUUUCUCUUCAGUGUUAAGACCGGUGUUGAAAAGGUUCUGUCACGCUGCAUGUCGUCUCUGCAUGGGCAAAAACCAGUACUGGACUUCGAGAGGAAUGGCUGCGAACCAUUGCUCUUAAAUUUCUGUGUAUAUGUUGUAUGACUUGCUGCAUUGAAUCCUGGGUUCAAACAGUGCCUUAAAACACAUGUCGUUGCAAGAUUAACCCGAGUCCCACUUGCAGUGCGUACAGGACUGCGGCACUUGAAAUUUUCAAUCGUUUGUCGUGACUUUUAUAUUUAGGGCUGUUUCAUAGAUGAAUAAUUUCGUGCUUGGUGUGUUAGCUAGCGUUAGCAUACGUAAUCUCUAGGUUCGGCAUCGCAUUAAUAAUUAUUAUUAUUAUUAUUUUAAUCAUCUUUCGAGUGACGUAGGAAUUCGUUUCAUUUGGUCUUUGACAUCUCACAUUAGAAUCACUGUAAAUGAUUUUGACGUGCGAUUGCUAUUAAUAUAUAUAUAUUUUUUGCUCAUGACCUUUUUGUAUAACCGAUGGAGUAUGGGUGUUUUCGUUGAAUGCCUUAGAGAUGAUUUGGUCCUUUACGUGCGUGCUGUAUUUACAGCUGGGUGAGAUGACGGUAGCAGAGAUAGAUGCGCGCUUCGCUGUAGCAGAAGCUUAUACGAAUGAACUAUGUACAGAAAUCGUUUGAGUACUUUCCUAUUUGAUAAUCUGUUUCUACUCUAAUAGUAUUUACACUGUUUAACGAACUGCAAUACAAUCCAUAGUUUUGGGGUGUCGAUUUUAUUAUUUUCUCUUCAUCUGUUUAUUUUUCGACUUAGAAGUGUUGUUGGUGUUGGAUUCGUACCCCGCAGAUAGCUCUUCGGUGAUGAUAUUGUAUGGUUUCACGUUUGCUUCGUGCAGAAAUUUCAGUAUUUAGUAUCCAACUGUAAGUCUAUCAUUGCUGGAGUAUUCAGUGCUUUACAAGACGAGAGUUUGACCGUGUGCAAUUAUCUUCGUAGAUGCAUGUGAUUAUUAUUUUUUUCAUCGCUUUAGUUAAAGCUUUCGUUGACGCUGGCUGUUUUAAUUUCGUACAUUCCGUCAGGGAGAAAUAGCUUUUUCGGUCUCGUUUUAGUGUGAAUUUUUACAUAUAGGUGCGUUUUGUUUUCCUUUGCUGUCACGUAAUUAUGCUUUCGCUACACCAAAGACAGUACUUCGUUUCUUAAGCAGAGUAGCUACUGUUUUAGCGUAGUCCUCAGAUGUAGAGUAGACGAAGCCGUAUUUAACGUACAAAAAAAAUCUAUGUAAAAAAUGUUUGAGGUUGAUGUUUAGCUUUUUUGGGCAAUUUAUAUGACUUUGUUUCAUUUAUUCUUGAAUGUAUCAUAGAUAAGCUGCUAUAUACUGAUUGCCACUUCAUAAUAGCUGUGAAAUUAGAUGAUUAACUUUGUUCUUAGCCUACUUAUUUUUAUAUAUAUGUCUAAUUACCUUGAAAUAGAAGUGCGGUUUUUUGUUUGGUUUGACCGUACUGACUGGCAUCAGAAGCAUUUUAAUGCCUCUCUCUGUUUUUGCUUUCUUUUUAUGAAGUGUCAUUGUAACUACUGUAUUGUAAUUGAUUUUUUGGGGGGUGGGGGUUGUGUGUGUGCGCGUGUGGGGUUUGUAUUUUUUUCGUUUUGUUUGCAUCAGUGUUUUAUCUGUCGUUAUCUUGGGGCUAAUCUUACGUAUUAGAUGCAUAUUGGUGUAUAUCUAUCUUAGUACGUAUAUUUGCAUUUUGUUAAAGCAUAGCUUGCAGGAUAGAUUUAACUUUUUCAAUAUAAAAAAAUUGUGUUAUACGACCGUCUGUUAUCUCACCACAACAUUAAUUUCAGUAAAGAUGUUAGCACUUGUUAACUUUAUCGAUAAGCUAGCCUAAUUUUUGGGUUUGGGUUGUGUCUCAUCUCUGUAACUACAUCGCUUAUAAUUGAUCAUUUUGUUGGGUUUUUAUUUUAUUGUUUUUACCACCACACCCCCAAAUGCGUUUUGAUCGAAACAAUGAAGAUAUACAGAAAGUACGUUUUAUCAGGUAUAAAUGAAAAAAUGUGUUUGAGCUCCCACUUCAGAAAGACUGUUAAAGUAAGAGUUAUAAGGCCACCUGUUCUGCUUUGAACAGCGUCUUACCGUUGAUGUUUGUAUGGGCGUGUAAAGUCCUCGCUCUGAAGAAGAGCAACACUGCGCCAGUGCCUUUGAAACGUGCUUCAGACCUUUAUAUCCCUUUUACAAACACUGCCUCUCUUUCAUGUUCUCUUGCUCUGAAAGGACGAGGGAACGGUCUGACCAGUGUUUGAUAAUUGUAACUGAAGUGCUUAAAAGUAGAUCUCUCCUUAGCGUUUUAACCUGAUAACCAAUAGCAAGUUGGUGUUUCAGUGUAACUCGGUAUUCAUACACCAAGUAUGCAAUGCAGUAGGGGUGACUUUAAGAUGUCUAUGGAAAUGGAUGUGGAUAUAAAUUGUGGGGAAACAAAUUCAGUCACUUUUUGGGGUCAUGUUUGUUUGUUUUAUGACCAACAACAAGAUACAAUAAUGAAAUGAUAUCAGGGAUUAUUAUUGUUGUUGUUAUUAUUAUUAAUAAUAUGCUGACUUAACACCCAAGACACGGUUUUCUUGUAUUUGGGAAGCUUUACAUAAAUACACUGUGAAUGUAAAUGUCAACUUAUGGUUCACCACAAUGUUUAAACAUUUGUAAAAUUGAAUGAAUUAACCAUCGCCUUUUCGUUUUACAAAGUUUAUUGCUUCGGGAUGGCCUGUUUCAAAAAUGUAAUAUAUUUUGGUUCACCCUACAUCAGAAAUGUGAUUUUAUUCAGCAUGUAGCACUAGAGAUGAGUACUUAAAAUACUCAAGGGUGUAUUUUAUUUGUGGCGUUAACACAUUGCAACAUUUCAAUAAUGUCUAGGUCAGAAGAUGACCUGCCUUUUUACAAAACCCAACCUAAAUGAUGGAAACUUAUCAAAAAUGAUAGAGUUGUAGAGGGAUCUGCAAACAAAACUAAAGGUGAAUUACUUUAAAAACACAUUCAAACCAAACAGUUUUAGUUGUUGUUGUUUUUUAUUAUUAUGAUUUUAUUUGUUGUAAUGAGGUUUUGUUUUCUUUUAGAAGAUCUUGUACCGUUGAUUCAGGGUUGCAUUUGUCAUAUGUGCUACUGUGUAACACUUGCCGUAAGAUUUGGGUUGGAUUGCUUUAGAUCGAUUUUUAACUCUUUGUAUUUUAGUCAAAGUUAAAUCUCACUGCAAGUUAUCAAGUAAUAUUUAGACUUAAGAGCAAACAGACUUGAUUUACUAAAUCUGAACUGUUACUGUUUUCAUAUAUGUAGAGUUUUGUGGCUUUAUGAUUUUUCUGUUUGCUUUUGAUUUCUAUGCUACAUUAGUUUGCCAUGUAGCCACUGCACUGUGCAAUAUUCACUAUAUGAGGACUGGGAAACUUUUUUGGAUGUAAUGUCUCUUACAGUUUGCGGUCGUAUUUCUCUCUAGUUCUCAGUGAUUUAUAUGUGACCAAGCCUUAUGUACUUUGUCACAAAAAGCGGGUUUUCCUGGUGACUAUUGGUGAGUGUCAAAUUAAAGAAAUUAUGGUGUAUUGUUAAAAUUCACUUUGAAUAAAAAUAUAUAUUGCUGCGGGCACA